AAGCACGACCCGGAAGACCAGAUUGGCUGACGCACGGCUACGUUGCAGCAGCCCCACUUUGUGCCUCAAGUUUCGCUGUUUCCAGUCAGAGAGAGAGCGAGAGAGAGAAAGAGAGAGAGAAUACGAUGUGUCAGACACUACACCACGCCGUAAGUCACUGAAGAAAGAUCCUCAGCGAACGAAUCCUGGACCGACGCUCGCCUGUCAGGGAAGGUUGGCAUCGCCAGCUAUAGAGAAGACUGUGCCCGGAGCUUCAGCGCUUCGCAAAGCGCAACGAAUCACCGAUACUCUUCCCUCAAAGACGGUGCCACACGGAAUUGGCCCCAGGACACAUUUCUAUGCUAAAUGUCAAGAGAAGAGUGCCUAAUCGUAAACACUGGUGUUCCUGAUCAUUCUUGAAGGCAAAGAAGCAGGACCUCUUCUCCAAAAAUAAGUGCAUUGCAUCACCAACUGAAGCAGAACGCCAAAUAUUGUAAUCAUUUAAAGGACCCGGGUCUCUAAGUGUACAAAAGGUGUUCAAUAGGCAUCUAGAAAACUUCUUUUUAACGUUUUCUAAGCACGGACACUUCAGACAUGGAGGUUGCGGCCGAUCAGUCUCGAUGGAUGGCCCAUCAUCAUGCGGUACUCAACGGCCAGCACCCAGAGUCACAUCAUCACGGGCUUACACACAAUUACAUGGAGCCCAUGGCCCCUCUUCUUCCCCCGGACGAGGUGGAUGUGUUCUUAAAUCACUUGGACUCGCAGGGGAACCCCUACUACUCCAAUUCUCGGGCCAGAGUAUCAUACGGACAAGCGCACGCUCGUCUCACGGGAAGUCAGGUCUGUCGGCCACACCUCAUACACAGUCCCGGGAUCCCCUGGCUGGACAGCGGGAAGGCAGCGCUCUCCGCCGCGCACCACAACGCCUGGGCGGUCAGUCACUUCAGCAAGCCCGGCCUGCACCCCGCCAGCGCCGGCUACCCGUGCAGCAGUAGCUCCAGCACCGCUCCCGUCUCCUCCCUCACAUCCGCAACACACUCCAGUCCACAUCCCCUUUACAAUUUCCCCCCAACCCCACCGAAAGACGUCUCACCGGACCCCGGUCCUUCUUCUCCGACCUCCACCACUGCAAGAAUGGACGAAAAGGACUCCAUAAAGUACCAAGUCAUCGCUGAUGGGAUGAAAAUGGAGGGAUGUAGUCCUCUUCGGGGAAGCCUGGCAAUGAGCGCCCAAACACCCUCCACGCAUCAUCCCAUCCCGACCUACCCAACGUACUCCCUGCCCACUCCACACGAGUACGGCGGCGGGCUGUUCCAUCCUGGUACCCUCCUGAGUGGAUCCGCUUCGGGCUUCACACCUAAAUGUAAAAGCAAGACGAGAUCGUGCUCAGAAUUCUGCACAGAGGGGCGUGAAUGUGUGAACUGCGGAGCCACCUCUACCCCGCUGUGGCGGCGGGACGGGACGGGCCACUACCUCUGCAACGCGUGCGGCCUGUACCACAAGAUGAACGGCCAGAACCGACCCCUUAUCAAGCCCAAGCGCAGACUGUCUGCUGCGAGGCGAGCUGGCACCUGCUGCGCGAACUGCCAGACAACCACGACCACUCUGUGGCGGCGCAACGGGAACGGUGACCCGGUGUGCAACGCCUGCGGGCUCUACUAUAAACUCCACAACGUCAAUAGGCCACUGACCAUGAAGAAAGAGGGCAUCCAAACACGCAACCGCAAGAUGUCCAGCAAGUCCAAGAGGAGUAAACGAUCUGGCGAGGGUUUCGAGGAGCUCUCCAAGUGCAUGCAGGACAAGACCUCUCCGUUUGGCAGCCACAGCGCUCUGGCAAGCCACAUGCCACACAUGGGCCACCUGGGACCGUUUAGCCAUUCUGGACACAUGCUGCCCACGCCGACUCCCAUUCACCCCUCUUUCAGCCACCCUCACCAUUCCAGCCGCUCUCCCGUCUGGGCCGAACCCCACUGAAGAACCCUCUCGCUGUACCGAAAAUCUCAAUGCACUCAAGAAAUCUCCCCUCCCGUCAAGAAAUCUUCCACAGGCGAGGGACGCGAAGAGGGUUCGUGUCGGUUUAGUUCCUGGUCGGACACUGCAGAGGAAGGUGCCAUUUCAUCAACAACCACGUCAACUUGUAUAGAGGACGGUUUAAAAAGACUCUCGCAGACAGAGAGAGAGAGAGAGAAAGAGAGAGCAGUCUUUGCUUUUAGCCUUUCGUUACGUUUUACUGAGUCACUUUGGUACUGUCCUGAAAGAGAGGAUAUGUCUUUGCAGAAUCACUGUGUGGAAUUUCCUUUGAGUUCCUACAGAAACUCUCGCUCCGAAUCUCUGCGAACAUGAUGAGUCAGAGAGAGAGAGAGAGAAGACCACUAAGUUUAUCCCUCCUAACAUGCUGGAAUACACCCCCCCCCCUCCCCCGGGCAUGAUUCCCUCUGAAUGGACUCUAUGGAUACGACAUAAGCAAAGAAAUGUUUAUAAAGGUUAAUUGUUAUUAUCGUUAUUGUUAUUAUGAUAAUUUAUUUUCACCCUUUAUCUCUUAUUUCGCUUUCCUCAGAACACAUUGUUAUAUUAUAAAUAUUAUUUGAUUGUUAUUGAUAAAAAAAAAACAAAAAAACACUGACCUAUCCUAGCCAAGGCAAUGUUGCUGAGCUGUACGUUUUUAUCAUUUUCCAUUAAACAAAUAAAGGAAAUAAAGUUUUAAUACUUCA